GACCAACUAUUUGAUGAGUGAUUCUCAGGUAACAACAGAAAAUAAUGAGUCCUCUAUCACAUCAGAGAUAACCACAGAAGAACAAGACCUCAGAGAGAACUCAGAACCUGAAUGCACCACAAACCCCACAGGGAACAGAAGGAAAUUUGGAUCAAGCAGAAGAAACAAAGGACCACUGCACAUCAAGGACACUACAAUAAUGUCGUUAGUAACAGAGACAAUAAAGCAGGAAGAAUUAAAAAAGAAUUCCGACCUAGACUUAAGUUCAAACGUAAGUGGCGAGGAAAACACAGACAUUUUCUUGGAGGAAGGCAUCAUUUUGUCACAGAAUGAGAAGGACAACAGUGCAAUUAUGAAAACAGACAUUAAUUUAAGCCCUAGCAAUGAUGUAUUUGUCAACUCCAAUAAGGAUGUUGAUGAGGAAAAAAAUCAACAAAAAAAAGAGACUGAAAAUGUAUGCCAGCUUGGAGGAUGUGACACAGUUAAAACAGACUUGACGCAACCACCAGAAGUCUCAGUUUGGAAAGCUGCUUCAGACAUACAAACUAUCUCAUAUCCAGGUGAUAAUGUCUCCUCACGACCAAUUGCUUUUGAUGUUCUUGAGCAAGAAGAGACUUUUCAAUUCCAAAGCUCUGAAGCUUUAUCUUGUGACAAAGACAUUAAUGUGCAACAGACAAAUGAUACAUCACCAACUGUGGGCGAUGUCCCAGUAAAAUACUUUAAAUCAGGACCGGAGAGUUCAAUGUAUAUGCAAGUUUCUAACCAGGAUGCAGAUGGAGAACAAUCUGAGGAUCCUUUGAAGUCGGAACACAAAGCCCAAGAAAUUAAUAUUUCAGAAAAGAUUACAAAGAACGAAACAGAAAGCUUGGCUCCAUUUCACACAGGUCUUAAGGAAAACUUCAGAGCAGAGCCAGCUGUGAAUAUGUUUGAGGAAAGUGAGAUUUCCAGCCAUCUAAAGGAACAAGAAGAAUCUCAUUCAGACAACAGUGAAAAUGUGCAGGGAAGAUCGAAACAGAAGAGGAGAAAGAUGGGCUCUACUCGCCGGUCUCAACUCAAUAGGAAACCAGAGGAAAAGAGUGAUGAAAGAGAAAGUGACUUUAAAACAGAAGCUGACAUGAGACAUCUUGAAAAGAUAGAAGGACUGGAAGAGUUACCUAUGCUUAUGACUGCAGAGGUAUUACAGAGUGAACAUGCAAAAGCAUCACAAAGUCCUAUGAAUAAAGACUCCAAUGAAACCAGCACAGUGCACAACAACAGACAAAACAUACCAAGCUCUGACUUGCAAGUUGUUAAUCCUGCUAUAUUUGUCCAUGUAGCUGAUGAAAGGGAGAGUGAGAGGAAUUUAAAUGUUUGUGUGGAACCACCACAGAUAGAUGAUUUUACAACCACUGUGAGGCAAAUCCCCAAUCCUUUACUGUCUGAAAAUACUGAAGAGAAUAGAAACACAGUUAUCAUAGGAGAGAGCUUUGUGUCUUUAUGUGAGAUCACACAGAGUAUGCAAAAUGAUGAGGAAAGUGUAAGCAUAAUUGAGGACCAAACUUUGAAAUCAGCCGAAGCCUCUGUUGUGGCAGAUUUGGAAAUAUUGACAUCUGUGGUAAGAGAAGGAGCAGCACAUGAACAUAUCAGUGCCCAGUUUAGUAAACAACAGUUGGACAACCCCACUGAAGUAGUUCACGAUAAAAAUAUAGAGAUGAAGAAUCCAAGUCAAAACAGGAGAAAGAUGGGCUCAACCCGCAGGAAUUUUGGAUCAAGACACAAAAGGGAAGACUUGCAUCAAGAACAGGAUGUGGAUGAUGAAGCAACAGAGACUGCAUCCAAUGUUGGAGAUGUAAAGACUGAACUUUUCUCCAACAUCACAGAAGAUGAGCUUCAGCUUAACUUAAUAUACAAAGACACGGGCUCUGAGCAAAGGAAAGAAAACGUAUUUGAAACAGUGGAGUACAGCCAGAUUGGUGACUCUCACAUUAAACCUCACCAGCCAUUGGAAGGUAAUCCUGUUCCUCCUGGUCAACCCAUAGAAACAGAGCAUCAACAUAAUCCCAAUUCUCUUGCUUCAAUACCUUCCACUUCCCCAAAAGAAGAUUUAAUGUCAGAAACAGCUUCUGGUGGGAGAAGAAGAAAAAUGGGAUCCAGCAGGAAGUCACAUGGAGUCAAAAGAUGUGAAAACCAAACCGCAAGUGAAGACAAAAUACAAGAUACACAACAUGAGAGAGAUGUCAGAAGUAAUACAAAUGAAAGUGCCAUCAAGACACCUGAAGAGCUGAGAGAAGAAUCUUUGAGCCUGGUCCAAAUAUCAGAGGCAGGUAAAAGUGAGAAGAAACCAUCGAACAUCAGCAUCUCAAAGGAAGAAAUUGCCCCAAGCACUGUGAGUGAGAAGACGGUUCAACAUCUUUAUGCUGAAGUCGGGCUGAGCCAACAGAAGUUUUCUCUGGAGGGUAAUUCCAGAAUAGCAGAUCAUAAAGCAAAUGCUUACAAUGUGAUGAUGGUUGGAGACAGCAGCGUGGGAAAAACCUCCUUCAUGAAAAGAGCUCAGAGUGGAAAGUUUUCUUUAGAUUUACCCGCCUCAGUUGGACUUGAUUCCUGCAUGUGGACUGUGGUGGUGGAAGGAAAGCCCGUGGUGCUACAGCUGUGGGAUACAGCAGGACAAGAAAGGUUUCACAGCAUCACGAGGCAGAUUUUCCACAAAGCCCACGCAUUUCUGUUGAUGUAUGACAUCACUUCCUCUGAGACUUUUUCUGCAGUUAGCUACUGGGCAAACUGUAUUCAGGAAGGGGCUGACGAAGACGUGAAUAUUUUACUUGUGGGCAAUAAGAGUGAUCGUGCAGAGCGGCAGGUUCAAAUUCAGGAGGCGGAGAAUCUUGCUAAGGAAUGUAACUUUGAAUUCAUGGAGUGCAGCGCUGCCACAGGGGAAAAUGUGGUUCAGGGUUUGGAAACUGUGGCCAGGAUGUUGAGUCAAAAGCAUGGCACGAGAGAGGAAGCCAUGGUGUUGCACAAAGAGCCCCCGCAGAAAAAAUCAUCAGGAUGUUGCUGAACAAGAUGUGCGUUUGCAGAGAGGAGGGACCUGCACACAGUGGAAACUCUGGACUGGCUCUUUAGAGGGUGUUUCUGUUUGUCACAACUAAACCAUAUUUAAUGAUUUUUUCAGUUGUAUUCCAAACUGUAUUGAUUUGUAUGUUGUGUUUCCUUUUCACUACUAUCUUCAGCUGUUUUAUUAUGUCUACCAAGCCUUAAAGUACAUUAUUGUUUAAGAGGUCAAUUGAAGAGUAAACAUAAAAUCCUGUUGUUACAUAAAAUAUACAUAAAAUAUAGCAUUUUCAGAUAAGCUUAUUAAUGUUGAAUGUUUACUUUAUGUAUAUACGACACUGCAUAGCUCUUGUGGUAUUUCUUUAGAGGCAGCCCAAUGAACAGUUGUAAUUUAUCCAGGAAAUAUUUAUCACAUGAACAAUUUAUUUUAAAAACGUUUGCUUUUUUAUAUGAUAACUGGUUUAGGUUGAUUUCUUUCCAUGACUUGCUUUCUUAUUUCAAAUCAUUUCUAACUUAACUACCUGUGUGAGUUGUGAUGCUACUGUUAAUUAUGCAAUUGUAUUUUUUCCUCCAUUUUGGGAAUACAAGUUGAAAAUCAUUUGAAAUUAAAUUUUUGAUUGAUAUCUUUUGUAGGUAUUUUGUAACUAUAAUUGUUCUAUUAUGUGAUUUAUGCACAUUUUGUGACCCUGCAAUCAAUUGGAAAAUGUUUUUGAUCUGUGACUUUUUUGUAUAAAUAAUACCAUAAAAAUGAUUUGUAAAUCA